AUGUCAUCGUCCAGGGACGAACCCGGGGAGCAGAGUUCUCGCGAAGAUCCGCGGAAGGAUCUGCAAGGGCCAGGGCAGAUUGGGGAGGGUGGCAGCGGCAGCGGCAGCGGUAACGUCAGUCCCAGUGGCGGAAGAGGUGCUGCCGGCAACGAUGGUAAAGGGAAGGAGAAGAAGAGGGUAGGCUUUCUGGGGGAUCACCAGCGCGAACCAUCUGAAGACUACUUCUCGUUCCCCGGCACGCCCGGGUCGACGCCCAGCGGCGCAAACACGCCGGGCCGUGGGGAGCAGCUUACUCGGGAAGAGCUGAGCGCUGCGCUGCAAAAGAUCCUGGGAGCGGAGCAGCGACAAUCACCAUCGCCACGUGGAUUGCAGGUUCCCGUCCCGCCGCGGCCUCGCCCAGUCUUGCGGAAGCAGGCUACUCAGGAGCGCCAGGAUCCAGUCGAUAUGGUGGCCGGCUCGCCGGGACAUCCGCAUCGAUCCGAGGUCGAGGCCCGGGACCGGGCAGAUCGUCUCGCAUCGGCUCUGUCUUCACGGAACAGCUGGCAAGCAGAUGGGGGAUCCUCCCACCCUCUCAGACGCAACAUGUCCGGUCAUGACGACCGAGACAGCCUCGAGACAGAGGAGAACAUGGGGCUUCGUUUACGCCGCAGGUCACAGCAGGCUGCGACGGAGCUCGUCAGGUCGCACUCACGGCGCCAAAGAGAGUCCUCGCCACAACGCGACCGAGACGAUGAGGGCUUCCACUCGGGCCAGAUGACUCCGAUAGCCCCGGACGUCGAGUACGUACCGCGUCCAAACACCUACCGCGGUGGUAUCUUGGCUUUGCUGCUCAAGCUGCAGAACAACGCCGAUGACAGGAGUGGGCCCGGUAGCAGCGUGGCAAGCACGCCGGCAAGCUCGCCCCCGGCCUCCGGGGCCAGCACCCCGGUUGGGAGACCAGGGAGACAGGGAAGACCGGGCGAGCGGCCAACCGGCGGGCUCUUCGGGCUGCGGGGCCACCACACGACAUCGGGAUCGGCGACCCCGACGCUCAGCAACCUGAUCGGAUCGUCGUCGGCCAUGUUCACCGCGCCGGGCGUCGCCAGCGAAAACCUCGCGGAGAAGCUGCGCGACCUGCGCGGCCGGUCCCAGUCGCCGGGGGCCCGGAAGGCGCACAAGAAGAAGUCCAAGGCAGCGGCCAAGCGGGCCCGGAAGGAGGACGAGCUCCGCAUCACGGUGCACAUUGCUGAGAUCAUCAGCCGCUGCCGCUAUCUAGUCAAGCUGUGCCGGGGCCUCAUGAUGUACGGCGCCCCGACCCACCGCCUCGAGGCAUACAUGUCCAUGUCUGCCCGCGUGCUCGGCAUCGAGGGCCAGUUCCUCUACCUGCCGGGCUGCAUGGUCAUAUCGUUCGUCGACAGCAGCACCCACACGACCGAGGUGCACAUUGUGAGGACCAGCCAGGGCGUCGACCUUGGCAAGCUGAGGGAUGUGCACCACAUUUAUAAGGAGGUGGUGCACGACUUGAUUGGCGUCGACGAGGCGACAGAGCGGCUGGACGAGGUGUUUAGCCGGAAGAACAAGUUCGCACCCCUGCUCCGCGUCUUCGUGUUUGGGCUGGCCUCGGUGUGCGUGGCGCCGUUCGCAUUCGAGGGGCGCCUGAUCGACCUCCCAAUCGCCUUCAUCCUAGGCUGCAUCGUCGGCCUGCUGCAGCUGAUAUUCGCGCCGUCCAACGAGCUGUACGCCAACGUCUUCGAGAUCACCGCCACUGUCAUCACCUCCUUUCUCGCGCGCGCCUUUGGGUCGAUAAGGGGCGGGAGGCUGUUCUGCUUUUCCGCCCUCGCGCAGUCGUCCAUCGCCCUCAUCCUGCCAGGAUACACGGUCCUCUCGGCCAGCCUCGAGCUGCAGAGCCGCCAGAUCGUGUCCGGGUCGGUGCGCAUGGUCUACGCCAUGAUAUACUCUCUCGUCCUCGGCUACGGAAUCACCAUCGGCUCCGUGCUGUACGGAUACAUCGACAAAGACGCCACCAGCAGCAUCCACUGCAGCAACCCGCUCAGCAACAACCGGAAUUGGAGCCUUCUCUUCGUGCCGCUCUUCACGCUCUGCCUGUGCGUCGUCAACCAGGCCAAGUGGAAGCAGAUGCCCGUCAUGAUCGGCAUCUCGCUGGCCGGCUACUGCGUCAACAGCUACUCGUCGUCGUACUUCCGCGGCAACGUCCAGAUCUCAAACACCCUCGGCGCCCUGUCCGUCGGCGUCAUGGCGAACCUGUACUCGCGCCUCAGCCGCCACGUCGAGAACUUCUGCCUCGACGUCUGGGAGUUCCACCUCGAGCCGCGCCUGACGAGGCGCGGCCGCCUCCGCCGCGCCAAGAGCCACAGCUCCUCCGACUCGGGCUACCCGCUCGGCCCGUACACCUCCGACUCCCAGGCCGACCCGGAGACGGCCGCCGCGUCCGACCACCACCACCAGAAACAGCAGCAGCAGCACGACAAGCACGGCGCCCCCCGCCUGCAGCGGCAGGUCGGGUACGCGCUCGCCGCGGCCGCCAUGCUGCCCGCCAUCUUCGUGCAGGUGCCGUCGGGCCUGGCGGCCGGCGGGUCGCUGCUCAGCGGGGUCAACAGCGCGAACCAGAUCACGGGCAACUCGACGACGUCGGCGUCGGUGCCGUCGCCGACGUCAUCGAACCAGUCGCCGGAUCCGUCGACGGACCUUAACGGCACGGCGUUCAAUGUCCUGCUCAGCGUUAUACAGGUCGCUAUUGGGAUCUCGGUGGGGCUGUCGCUGAGCGCGCUGAUUGUGUAUCCGUUUGGGAAGAGGAGGAGUGGGUUGUUUAGUUUCUGA